AUGCAUAGGAAGAGGAAACUGAUGAUCCCCUGGCUGUGUCUGGAUUUCCUGGCGCUGAUGGCAAGCCUCAUAUUCUUCGUCGUCGGCUUCCUUGUGCUCGUCGUCCUGCUCGUUACCAUGAUGAAUUUCUUCAUUUUCAUCGUCUUCUUCGUUGGGAUCGUCGUUGUUUUCGUCGCAUAUUACGUCGCGGUCCAUUUCUUCCUCGUCGUCUACUCUUACUUCAAGAAUAGCGCGAUUUAA